AUGGCACAAAUUGAUAAAAGGGAUGGAGAAGAGCAUGCAGUUUAUUACUUAAGUAGGAAAUUACUCGAGUAUGAAACUCGCUAUACUUCGGUGGAGAAAACGUGCACUUCCUUGGUUUGGGUGACUAAAAGGCUGAGGCAUUACAUGGUAUCACAUCCAGUUAAGCUGGUUUUGAGGAUGGAUUCAAUCAAAUAUCUCUUCGAGAAGCCAACAUUGACCAGAAGGAUGGCUAGGUGGUUGUUAUUGCUGUCAGAAUUUGACAUAACUUAUGUCAAUAAAAAAUUGGUAAAAGGGCGUGCUAUCUCGGACCAUUUGGCUGCGUUUCCCGCAAAGGCCGAUUCACAACCCACAGAGGAUUCCUUCCCCGAUGAAGAUUGGCAUUUUAUGGAAAGCAGUCAAAAGGGAGAGUGGCAAUUAUAUUUUGACAGCACCACGAACCAAAAAGGGUUUGGAGCAGGACUAUUACUCAUAACUCCGGAGGAUUUUUACUUACCCAUGGCAUUUUGUUUGGAGUUCAGUUGCACAAACAACAUAUCGAAAUAUGAAGCUUAUGUCAUCGGGUUGGAAAUGGCCCUGUCUGUGGGAGUGGAAAGGAUCAAAGUCUUCAGAAAUUCUUCUGUCGUGAUCUGCCAAACUCAAGGGAAGUGGAGGACCAAGGAUAAAAAGUUGAAGCCCUACCAAGCUUAUCUGGAGCAAUUGACCCAAUGCUUCAAAGAAGUCUCUUUUGAAUAUCUGCCCAGAGAUAACAAUCAGUUUGUCGAUGCCUUGCCCACUUUGGCAUCCAUGGUGGAAUGCGAUCCUAGGGAUAGGAUCCAACCUUUUCUAAUAGAAAGAAGGACUAGCCCGGCUUAUGGAGAGCCGGUCAAUAUGCUCACUGAAGAUGGAAGACCUUGGUACGCCCCGAUAAUUGAUUACAUCAAGGAAAGGAGAUCUUAUGAUGGCAUCCAGCUAUUAUGCGUAGAUGAGGAGCAAGCUCAAACCAUUAUGAAGGAAAUUCACCUAGGAAUAUGUGGACCUCAUAUGAACGCAAGGAUGCUUGCCAAGAAGAUCCUCAAAAUGGGGUAUUAUUGGGCAAUAAUGGAAGCUGAAUGUGCCGCCUUUGUAAGACGGUGCCAUCAAUGCCAGAUAUUUACCAAUAUUAUCCAUAUUCCUCCAACAAAGUUGCAUUCGUUGAAUGCCCCUUGGCCAUUCUCUACUUGGGGAAUUGAUGUGAUCGGUAAGAUAACCCCCAAAGCCUCUAACGGGCAUGAAUUUGUUCUAGUCGCCAUUGACCAUUUCACGAAGUGGGUAGAGGCUCAAUCGUACGCAGUUCUAACUACUACCAAAGUGGCAAAGUUCAUAAAAGAAAACAUCAUUUGCAGAUAUGGUGUGCCCUAG